AUGCCACUCUCAGUGUUAAUUACUACUUUUAAGAAAGAGAAUGUUAGGAGGCCGCUUGAAGGAUUUGGGGUUCUUGUCCCCUCAAAGGAGCAACAAAAUGGUCUAAAGACCCUUGGUAAUGCGUUGUGCUCAAUGGAAUAUGAAAUGUCCUCGGUUAAUUUGAAAACUUGUCAUUUCACACAUACUAUAUCCCGCAGGUACUCUCUUUUCCUCUAUGAUGUUUCCAGACCGUGCACCAGAUGACCAAUAUCUCUACACAACCUUUGUUGGUGGAAGUAGAAACAAGGAACUGGCAAAAGCUUCAACGUAUGCUAUAACUUUUGCCAUACAAUUCUCUUCUUUGUGUUUGCAGCAAGUUCUCUAAGUUAGUUCUAAAUUAUUAUGGUUUCUGUACCCUAAUAUUCCCCGUACAUCAUGUUCACAGGAAUGAUCUGAAACAGAUAGUUACAUCUGAUCUAAGGCAGCUGUUAGGAGUGGAAGGAGAGCCCACCUUUGUCAAGUACAAAUAUUCCUUUAUUAAUUUGUAUCAAGCUUUUGCAGUACACUUUCUAAUAUCAACGGAAUAGCAUGUUUUCAUACUACGUGUGGUAUUCUGCUGGCAGUCAUUUUUACUGGAGCAAAGCAUUUCCCCUUUACGGGCGGGACUAUCAAUCCGUACUAGAAGCAAUAGACAAAAUGGAGAAAAAUCUCCCGGGAUUCUUCUAUGCAGGUAUCUCCAUAUUUAUGUCACUUUCUUAUCAAGGAAUGCCCAUAAUGCUGUUGAAGUUAUGAGCUUCAAAGGGGAGUGGUGAUAUCUUUGCAUAAAUGUUCUCCCUAUCUGGUAUCUUCUUAUCUGAUUUUGAAUGUUCGACUGUUUUAGGUAACCAUAAAGGUGGACUGUCUGUUGGCAAAUCAAUAGCCUCUGGUUCCAAGGCAGCUGAUCUUGUAAUCUCCUAUCUGGAUUCUUCUUCUGACAACAUGAAGCAAAAUUAAGGCUUACCUUCAAAGCUGUAAUUAAAUAUACAUUUGUAACUUUUGAGUGUAGAAAACAGGUCAGAGGACCUCAGUUGUAACUUUUGGCUCGCAGGAACCUUUUACACCGUGUAAUGCUACUGUUGGUUGACCUUAAAUGCAAAAUCAACUUCUGAACUUGUACCUAAUACGUUUCAUUGUUUAAAUGCUUCAGUCCCCUGUUUUAUGUUGCUGACUCUUGCGAUUUCAGGUAAUGUUUUUCGCAUCUUCUGGAUCAAGUACUACUAACUCUCUCUUUUCACGCAGAUUUCUAAAGAGGAUAAUGAUUGAGUCGAAGUUCUUAAUCAACUACCAGAGGGCAUGAAGAAAGCGAGAAAGGUUGGAGGGAAUUGGAAUGAUCUGCAAUCUUUUGAUAUGGGUAUGAUCUUCCAGCUGAGGUAUUAACAAGUAAUAACUACUUAGCAAUGAAUGGCUCAAGAUGAGUUUGGUUGUUAAUUGAAGCAAUGGAUAGAGUAAAGCAAGCCACGAAUAUGGUGCUUGCUCUUUUUGGCUGCUUGUGUCAGUGGCUAUUUCUUACACUUGUAUGGUUCCAGUCUGGUCAGGUGGGCCCCUCCUUUUAUUGUCCUUAAUCUGAUGCCCUUUUGUCUUUGAGCUGCCAUUAUUCUCUAGGAUAUUACUAACUUGGACUCUUUGUGCUGUAGGAUUGCUGAAAUUAUGGACGCAGGGCAGGACCAACCAUAUUAAUAAGUGCCCUCAAAGUAAGCGUCUUUCAUUACUUUUCAUCAUUGGCAUCGUCCUUCUUGUACCCACUUAGGGAAUCGAAUCUCUUUGGUCGUUAGCCUUUUAAUCACUCAUGAAAUCAUUCACCUCAAAAUCCAUGCUAAUUAACGUGUCAAUUAUCAUCCUAAUCAAGCACCAACAGUUCAUCAAAGUUGACUGUUUAGUUCCUUAACAGCCAAUUUGCUGUCAAAUUGCCUAGGCCCCUCUCUGUCCAAGUCUGCAAGAUGUUUUGUCCAAUUGUGUUAAAUGUCAAAAUGGUCACUGAACUAUGAGUUCUGUAACGAAAUGGUUAUCAAACUAAAAUUAUUAAUCAAAUGUUGACUACACUAAGUACUUUAACUCCCUUAGUAAUGAGGUGUAGAAGUUUAUCUAUCUCUUGUCUAUUAUUCAAGAACCAGAGUUGGAAUUCUUGGGCUACAUUACCAUAGUUAGUUAGCUCCCUUGGCAGUGGGGAAGCAGGGUGCUACCAGAUAGGCUAAGGUGGAGGGCUCUGGUCCCCUAUUAUUGAAGGAUCCUAGGAGCUUGGUUUGGGCAUCUUUUCAUUUGAAAGGAGGUGGCCGAAUCCACUAUCCAUGUGGAGUUAGGACUUGGGAAUAUGGGAGGGCUUGGAAGGAUUGACCGAGUUAGUCAGAUCCUCAUCCCAUAACCCCAAGUUGCAAUAUAAAUUAUAAUCUGCAGAAUCCAGCUAAUAUGUGGCUGACUCCCAACAAACAUGCUUCUUUGUCUGCACUUGAACAAAAGGCUAGCUAUUGGUACCCGUAUUAUCACCUUCUCUCUUUCUGUUUCAUUAGUAUGAUAAGCAUAUAUUAGCAUAAUUAAUCCGUAGCUUAAUCUUGGGUCUGUGUUGUGGAAAGAGUCACUUCUCUCUAUAGAGGUGAGCAUGGGAUUUGUCCUUCUUUUACAACGGAUUUGUCCUUCUUAACGUGGUUUUGCAAUCUUAAAAGCAGGAUUGCCAUGUGGGCAAAGCUAUUGGGCCCACCACCACCACCCUCCUGUUAGAGCCUUGUUUUCUGGUUCUAACUGUUCUCUCUCUAGUCUCUACACUGAGAAACACAAAUUCCCAUGCCUGCUUUGUUCCUUUCUUUACACCCUUUUUGUCUGAAUGAUUCUCUGAACUCAUCGAAGUCACGAAAAGGAUUACUGAGCUUGGGUAAGUUCAUCUGCUAAGCUUGAUGUCAAGGGAGCAAAUGCUAACAUAAACACUAUUUGUUGGUCAAAUUAGGACCAAACGAAGGGCUCCACUUUCUUCUUCCCCUUCCCUGUUGCCUAUCUCUCUCGACCUUCUAUUCCAUUUUCCUUAUCUUCUUUUCUUCCUAUCCCUGUGAAAGAUAGGGACCGCCAGUUAAAAACCAAACCUUACUCGCCUUCUUUAAUUCGUAACAUAAAUGUGCCCUUACCUUCACUUCUCCCUCUCUCACUGUACGGUCCCUUUUCAGUUUUCACCAACUACCCACCUCCCAGUAGUCUUACUGUUCCUCUAGCUCUCAUUUAUUAUUCCUUGAUUAAUUUUUUUCUACAUAUAUACUUCCCAGUUUAGUUCACUAACAAGUUUGUCGCACGACAUUUAUAGCUUUGCGGUACCGAGUACAACAGCAUCAUUUAUCAUUUGCCUCCCGACCCAACAUUUCAUCAAAAAAAUCUCCUCUGUUUCCAAAGCUCUAAUCUUUGUUUAUCCUUCUGUCCCAUGUAACACUUCUGCUUCCUGGGUUCUUUGUUUUUACUCUUUAAAGAAGGAAAAACAGUCCUUAGAGAAGAAGUGGUUAGCUUUUGAAGCUGUUUUCAUCAGGAGUGUCUUUAUUCCUUCCUUGGAAGAAGUGUCCUUGUGUCUGAUUUCUUGUUGAUUUGCUUCCCCUGUUUUCGUUUACUCGAGGAAGUCUGAGUUUCAGCUUCUAUUUCUUCAUGGGUUUCCUCCAAUUUGUCCCAAAGUUUAUUCCUUUUUGACCCUUUUCCAUAAGCUAAGUGUUUGAGAUUUGUCUUCAAUGGAUCGGCUGAACUGGCUUCUCCUGUUGUUCCUCUUGUGGGCUUCCUUCUUUAUUCCACUCUCCCAUCAGCUGCAAACCUACCAGGCUCAGCUCCUUAUGCAACUGAGGAAGCAUUUGGAAUACCCUCAGCAGUUGGACAUUUGGGAAAACUACAACGGCGAUCUCUGCAACUUAUCAUCUACUCCAUCCAUCAGCAUUGCGUGCAAGGACAAUCUAAUUACAGAGUUGAAGAUCAUGGGAGGCAUGAAACUCACCAAGGUCAGUGAUUCUUUCACCGGCUCCCCAAUUCAGAACCAGACUCUGUCUGCCAGUUUCUCAAUUGAUUCCUUUGUCACUACUCUCACAAGGCUGACCACCUUGAAAGCUAUCUGCUUUGUUUCAUUGGGGAUUUGGGGCCCACUUCCCGGUAAGAUUCAUAGGCUGCGCUCACUUGAACUCCUGGACUUGAGCUCCAAUUUCAUCUUUGGUUCAGUUCCAGCUCAAAUUUCAAGAAUGGUUAACCUUACUUCCUUGGUUCUUGGUGGAAACUACUUCAAUGGAACUCUACCUGAUUGGUUUGAUUCCUUGUCAAGGCUCACUGUUCUGAGCUUGAAGAGCAACCGUUUUGAGGGCGAGUUUCCUUCUUCAGUUAGAAGAAUCAGAACCUUAACAGAUAUCGCACUGUCCCAUAAUCAGCUCAGUGGAAAGCUCCCUGAUUUGACUGCCUUGACCAACCUCCAUGUAUUGGAUUUGAGAGACAACAAUUUUCAAUCUAACCUCCCUCCAUUGCCGAAAGGUCUAGUCACUGUUCUCUUGAGCAACAACUCAUUUUCAGGAGAAGUUCCAUCACAAUUUGGACAGUUGUCACAUCUUCAACAUUUGGACUUGUCUUCUAACAAUCUCAGCGGAAUACCUCCUGCUUCUUUGUUCUCAUUGCCAAGCAUCAGUUAUCUCAACUUAGCGUCCAAUGUGUUUAGUGGGUCACUUCCAAUCAAUGUCGCCUGUGGUUCCAAGCUCGGGUUUGUCGAUAUCUCCAUGAACAAGUUGACUGGUGGACUCCCGUCUUGCUUGGAGAAUAAGAGAGUAGUGAAAUCUGGUGGGAAUUGCUUAGCAAUUCAUGCUGAUUCACAGCAUCAGGAAUCAUUCUGCAAGGAGGCCAAGAUGGUGACAACGAAGAACUCGAGAUUUAGAGCAGUGGGGAUACUGGUAGCUGUCGUUACAGGAGCACUGGUUUUAAUGGGAAUCUUUACAUGUGGGGUUGUCUGUAUAUGCAGAAGAAAUUGUCGUCCUAGAAAGAAAUUUGAGCAUAACAUAGUUUCCAAGGUCGUGCUGGAUAAUAGUAGUAGUACUAACCCACCAGCUGCUGGUUUUUCCUCUGAUGUCCUAGCUAAUGCAAGAUUUAUUUCUCAAACAGCUAAGCUCGGGACACAAGGGUCUCCAGCAUGCCGUGUGUUUUCAUUGGAAGAGCUGAAGGAAGCUACAAACUUCUUUCAUUCCUCAUCUUUUAUGGGUGAAGGCUCUAGUGGGAAGGUUUAUAAAGGUAGAUUGCACAAUGGCAACCUCAUCGCCAUACGAUCCCUGACAUUGUUCAAAAGACAAUCUAUCCAAAACCUUAGGGUUAGGCUGGAGUUACUAUCAAAGCUUCACCAUCCACAUCUGGUUACUCUCUUGGGUCACUGCAUUGACAGCAGUGGUCAGGACGAUAGCAACAAAGUCUUCCUCGUCUACGAGUAUGUGCCUAAUGGAAAUUAUCGCUCCCAUUUAGCAGAAAGUUUUACUGAGAAAGCACUAAGGUGGCCAGAUCGACUAGCCAUUCUAAUUGGUGUUGCCAGAGCUGUCCAGUAUCUGCACACUGGUGUACUUCCAGGCACAUUCAACAACCGAUUAAAGACGAACAACAUACUGCUCGAUGAACACCAGAUUGCAAAGCUCAGCGACUAUGGCAUGCCGAUUAUCACUGAAGAGUUUGAGAAACUUGAGGCUAAGGGAGAAGGAAUGAAAUCAAGUUACAGAAUGAAUUUAGAGGAUGAUGUGUACAACUUCGGGUUCAUACUACUCGAAUCACUUGUUGGGCCAAUUGUGACGGGGAAAGGAGAAACCUUCCUUCUGAAUGAAAUGGCAUCCUUUGGAAGCCAAGAUGGUAGAAGAAGGAUCGUGGAUCCAAUCGUGCUAACCACAUGCUCACAGGAGUCACUAUCAAUUGUUGUUUCGAUCACGAGCAAAUGCAUCUCUCCAGAGCCAUCGGCCAGGCCUUCGUUCGAGGAUGUUCUCUGGAACCUGCAAUAUGCAGCUCAAGUUCAAGCCACUGCUGAUGCUGACCAGAAAUCAGAUUCAACCUCAUAGCCCCAUAUCGGAACCAGAGGAGCAUAAGUAUAUUUAUCUACAACAUUGACGAAAAAGGAAACGAGCCAUGAACAUAAAAUGACUGGCAGAACAGGCGGUUAGAUGCAGAUUAGUAUGAUCAGAUUGCAGAGUGUAUAGAGUUGUAAAGUUCCAUACAAUAGUUGAACAAAUCAUGGUUGUAAGACGAAAGAGUUCAUCGAGUAAUAAAGAGUUGAGCUAUGGUUGGCCACUUGACCUCCUUCUUUGAUUGAUUGAUUCAGUCUUACCAAAUGUUCUGUUAGUGGCUUUGGUGAGAGUUGGCAACUCAAAAUGAUACUCUACCAAAAAAGGAAAAAAUUUCACUGGACUGCAGAAGCUUGGAAUACAAGGCAACGUAGGAAAGAUGGAGAUAGCCAAAUCUCAAGAAGAUAAUAGGGAAGCCAGGAAAAGAAUGCUUGAUAGGGUGUCCUGAAAAGGGAAAACAAACAUAAAUGGAAAACCAAAGUUCAAGCUAACCAACCCAAGCCAUAAAUGAAAACAACAUAAAACCAAUUCAAUCAAGAUACCAAAGGGUUUUGAGCUUAACAAUAUUAAAAUUGUCCGCAAUAUUUAGGUGUCUAGUUUGAGACUUUUCUAUGUUCAUGUUAAUCUUUUCCUCUCACUAGAUGUACGUACAUUCGUCAUUUGAAUAAAGAAUGAAGAAUUUACUCAUUUUAUCAGGAGAUGAGCUAAGAGGGUUAAUCCAUUAAUUUGGAAUAAAAACUCACACAGUUAGUAGCAAAGAAGUUUUUGAGCUCCAAAGCCCAAUAUGGCAAUAUCAUUAGCUACCUGUUCCAUUGUGAUUCACAACCAAUUUUGUAAACUAAUUUUACUUUUUCUUUCUCCAUCAAUACAUUUGAAUUUGCUUAGAUGGAUACACAAUUUAUUAAAUGAAAUUGUUGAACUUUAUAUGAAAAAUGGAAGUCGCUAGAAAAAAUAUAGAUUUUUCAUUAAUGUAUAUGCUUUGAAUCUAGGUUUGUGGUUAUCAAUCCUAAAUACUAGUGUUGAAUGGACAAUUUUAACAAACGAAAUGAAUGACCAAUUUUCGUAUGGAAUGAAACAAAAUUUUGAAUGAUUAUUUUAUAGAAAACAUUAAAACUGGCAUGUCCAUAAUUCCAAUAAACAAAGUAGUUUUAGAAUAGCACACAUGUCAUUGUUACAAAAUCUUAUAAUAUUUUUCAUAAGAACAGUUUGCUUAUGAAAACGUGGGGCAGAGAGUUUCUCUCUAGUUGGAGAUCAACCUUUUCGACUGAUAGGGCAAAAGCAUAUAUGCCAAUUUUCUAUCUCGUAGUAAACCAGAAGUCCGGGUAUCGUCUCUCAGGGACUGAUACAACCUUAUAUUAUAUCAAUUCUAUGGAGCAAACUAGGUGAAAAAUGUUUUAGUGAAGAAACUACUAGCUAACAAUUAAACAAAACAAGCAAAUUAAAGUUGUCGGGAAAAAUCAAUGGGAGAGAGCUCUGGGAGAAACACCGGGACUCGCUACCUAUCAUAUCCAAAUUAAUUCACAUAUUCCAAUCAAUUUAAUCCAUACCUCUACAACCAGGAUAUCACUACUGUGCUAGCUAUCCCUGUCGAGAAUUACUACGUACUAAGCAAUUAAUUCAAAUCCUACUGUCGUAGCUCAAUGAGUUAAUUAUUUAGUCUGAAGACCGAUAUCCCAAUCAAGACCGCAUAGCACCUUAUUUAAUCCACUGUCGCUUCGAUAAGUUACUAUGUCACAUGAAAUAUGUUCAGUUAUUAGGGUUUCACUGUCGCUAAUAACCUAAUUAACUACAAAUCGAUGUAUUGGUGGCCAGUCAACACAAAACAUUAAGUAAUUUCAUGCAAUAGAGAUUGGAAGAAAAGAAAUAUGAAUCAAUCCAUCAAUUCUAGAGAUAGCUACAUCCUAUGGUGUUUCCCCCAAAAAUUGGGAUUUAGUUCAUGAUGAAACUAAAACACGCAAUCAUGU